AGUUUUUUUACGAGUUUCAAAAUUUAUCAUCUUGUGCUUUCGUAACAUAAACGUUCUCUAAAUUGUUGUUAAUAGAUAGAGAAUAUUUUUUGAAAAAAUUUGCCAAAUUUAUGUGUAAAUAUUUAAUUGAAAUAAGUUCACAUCGUAAGAAUAGGUUCGGCCAAAUCAUGAUGAAUAGGAGUUUUACUGAGAAUAGUACAACAAGUGCCACUACAAGCGCUGAUAGUGAAUCAGAUAAUGAAUUCUUUAGAAUAAAGCAGUCAGCAUACAAUCAUUUUAAAACGUAUGAUGCCGAUGAUGAAGAUUCACAGAGCGAAAAUAGUGAUAUAACACAGUUUAAAGAAUAUAAAAUUGAGCAGACAUCAUAUUUCUAUGAAAAUAAAAAUGUAUAUGUAGAUGAAAGUUUAGAUAAAAUAGGUGGGAAAGAUAUUCAUAAAAUAAAUUAUAUUAAAAGUAGACGAAAACAUAAAAAUCACCAAAAAUUAACGAUUCAGCUAUACAACAAUCACAGAUCCCACAAGAACAACGUAUACAGAACUCGAAAUGUUGAAAACGCUUUUGACCAUAAUUACAGAAACGAAACGGAACUAAAUUUACGAUACGGACAUAGAAAAGAUUAUAGACAACAACAUCGUAAUGGCUCAUUUGAACAGUUAUAUCGAAAUCGAACAUUAUACAAACGUCAAAUACUUGAAACCAGCUAUGACUUUCCUAAUAACAAUUCAGUGUUACUUAGCUUACAAGAAAUCAACGAUCGGAAAAGUUUAAGAGUAGAGAAUAGUAGAUAUCGGACUGAUUGUUAUCACGAAGAGAAACCUGAACAGUCUGAUGAAAGUCGAAGAUUACACAAACGAAAAGUUUAUAAGAGUAACUCUUCUUUUGAUAAUACAAAUUCGAAUGAAACGAAUUUGGAAGAAUUAAUGGAACAUAGUCGUCAUAAAAUUAAAAAUAAGAUUAAGAAAAAAAGACAACAAAAUCAUAUGACAAAACUACUUUUCUUUAAUCAGCGAAAAAAUAGUCAUAUACCGAAAGAUAACGAGAAUAUAGAUGACUAUGAUAAACUCUCAAGUAAAAGUUCAGAAGAAAGUAGCGAAAAUAAUCAUUUAAUAGAAACUGAUGGUUUUUGUCUUGAACGAUUUAGUAAAAAUAUAGGACCGGUUUUUAAAGAAGCAGAUAAGAGAAAUUUCGGUACUAGAGUGUUACAGAAAAGAGUUUUAAAAUCAGAUACACUUGGGAAACAAUUAAAAAAUUUGAAUAAUACCAUGUUACAUGUAGAAUCUCUAGUACAAUCGAUAACUGUAGCAACUUAUGACAAUGUCCAUCUACUUAACAAUAUUGCGACAAGAAAUAACAUCAAUUAUUAAAUUUAAUCUUAUAGGUAAUGAUUUCAAUCAUGAUAAAUGAAGAUACAAUCGAAUAAAUAAUAUAUCACCGAGGUGUGUUCUAAUGAUGAUUGGCGUUCUUCGGUAUCUUUGAAAUAAGUGCCCAUUAUUGCUAUUUUACAUUAUGAAUGUAUUGCAAUUUAUAGAAACAUAUUUAAAUAACUAAAAUUAUAACGUAGUGACUUUAGAGGAUUCAUUAAGAAAUUUUAGGUAAU